AUGGCAACAGAUCCCGCGAACGAAGCCCAAUCAAGCAACUGUCACGCUACGAACGAGCAAGAGCAGGACGCGACUAGAGCGGAAAAAAAGCUCACCGUUCUGGAGUCGCAUGGAUUCAUACUGGGCAAAACGAUCGGGGCUGGAAACUAUGCCACAGUCAAAAUCGCCAGGUCAGAGAAGCAUGGCUGCGACGUAGCCGUGAAAAUCGUCUCGAAAUUCCUCGCUCCCAGCGCCAACUUGAACACUUACCUGCCGCGAGAAGUGCAAGUGAUCAAGCGCCUCCGGCAUGCCAAUAUCAUUCGAUUUUUGCAAGCCAUCGAGACGAGCCAUAGGGUUUACAUUAUUAUGGAGUACGCGGAAAAUGGUAGCUUGAUCGACAUUAUCAGGCGUGACAAGAACAUCGACGAGGAGCGCAGUCGACGCUGGUUCCGUCAAUUACUCAACGUUUUAGCCUUUUGCCAUGAGAGAGGCAUCGUCCAUAGAGACGUCAAGUGCGAAAAUCUGCUGAUGGAUCGCUACUAUAAUCUCAAGCUGUCGGAUUUCGGUUUCGCCCGGGGCCAGAUGAAAUCGCAGGACGGCGUCGCCCCGCUGUCCGAGACGUUUUGCGGCAGCUUCGCUUACGCCUCGCCCGAAAUACUCCGCGGCAUACCGUACAAGCCUCAAUUGUCGGACAUCUGGGCAGCGGGUGUGGUGCUCUACACCAUGGUCUUCGGCAGGCUGCCCUUCGACGAGUCCGUCUGGUCGAAGCUGCUCAAGCAAGUCCAAAGCAAAGUCGUUUUUCCGGACACGCCCAAAGUGUCGCGACCAUGCAGAGCUCUUAUCGUACGGAUUUUAGUGCCGCAGCGCUUGCGACCGCAAAUUCCCGAGAUCCUCUCGGACGAAUGGAUGGCCAUACCCCUGGCUUCGGCUCAGACCUCGACCAAUGAUAUUGCUUUCGUGGGAGAAGGCUCAGAGCCUGAAAAAUCCUCCCCUAAGACGAUCGAAUCGAAAAAAUCUUCCGAUUCGAACAAAAGUAUCGCCAACGAUGAAAAGAACAACGAGACUAAUUAA